CUAUUUGUAAUGUAUUAGGAAUUUUUAGGAGCAGCAUAUGAUGGAUCAUAUAGUUGUUUUAAUGCAAAAAAUCUUCAUUUUUCCAAUUAGUUAAACGAGUUGUGAUGAGCUCUUAUUGUAUAAUUUUCAAAGAAACAUAAAAAAUGUUACAGAGGAUACUUUCCAUUGCAAUUGUUCUAUGUAUAUUCACCUUUACUUCUGACGCUGCUUCGACGAAUCAGAUCACUGUAGUUCCCGCGGUUCUCGGCAGCUCAGUCACUCUCCAGUGUCAUAUUCGAGAACAGCAAGGUUUACUAUGGGAUCACGUUAUGAUGAACGGAAAUCAAAAAAUCAUAGCACUGAGAGGGAACAUAACACAACCGGUAGCAAACAGUCUGAACAAUACAAAAUUCUUCAUUCAAGUGAACAGCAAUAGUCAAUCAUUAAUCAUCCAGUCUUUGACGUUACAAGACGACGGAACGUAUAGGUGUUAUGAUGUGAACGCUAUACAGAAAAAGGAAUCUUUUAAAGUUAAUAUAUUAGUUAAACCGACCAGAAUACAGCUGCAUCCCCUCCCUGUUGGUGGUAUUGAUGAGGGUAGCAACCCAAAAUUAACUUGUGAGGCAGAUGGUGGAAAACCACCACCAAUAUUCGAAUGGUAUAUCACAGGUCCAUCUCUAAAUAUCACAAGUUUAGCAUCUGCCAACAGUGACACCACCUACAGUAAUGGUACAGGAUUGCGAACAAGUCAAGUUGUACUUACAGUGGAUAGGUCUAUGUACAAAGCUACUGUGUUUUGUAAAACAGAGAUAACAUACUUCUUUGUGGUACAGAAUAACGUUUCUUUGAAUGUGAACUUAUUCCCUGGAGUGCCGAUAUUCAGAGGUUUCAACGGUAUUUUCGAUGAUGGACAGACAAAAACAAUUACAUGCGAGAGCAAUGGAAGCCGUCCAGCAGCCAACAUCACGUGGUACAUGGAUGGCAGAAAACAAAGUAACCCCAAUACACAUACAUAUCAGAAUACAGAUGGAACAUUUUUUGUAACAAGCUCAAUAUCAAAACGUUUCGACAAAUCAAUGGAUGGUGUCAACCUGACUUGCAAAGCGAUGAAUGAUGUACUGCAAAGACAACACCGACUACCAGUUGAAACUACUGUCAUUCUAAGAGCAGCAUAUAUGCCAGUUAUACACGCAUCUAAUGGAACGUUAGAUGUAUAUGAACACAAUCAAGCAAUACUUCAGUGCUACAUAGAUGCGAGGCCGAUGUCUUCGGAAAACCAGGUGUUUUGGUUGAAAAAUGGACAGAUGGUUAUUAGGGAUCACAGAAUUAACACGAAUUAUUCAAUAAAAAAUGGACAAUUUGAUCUGCAUAUUCGUGAAGUAAAAAGAGAUGAUAUAGGGCAAUAUCAAUGUCAAGCAUCCAAUCGCCUUGGAAUAGCAAGGAGUAGUCCUCCAUUACAUCUAAAUGUGUUUUAUCGGCCUGUGUGCAUGACAUCAUCAAUUGAAAAGUUGGCCGCAUCUAUUGGUCAAACCGUGACAUUGACAUGUCGAGUUAGCGCCAAUCCAGCGACAAAUGUGACUAUUACAUGGCGGUAUAAAACAAGAAAUACAAUAAUUAAAGACCAACAGCCGUCAUAUACAGACCCGUAUGUCGCCAAAACAGCUACUAAUUCAAUACAGAUUAAACUGCAAGGCAAUAUAGACUACACCGACAUAGAAUGUAUUGCAAAGAACGAUGUUGGUUCCAUGAUACAGCCAUGUUUGUACAUGAUAGUUAAACCAGGUCCGCCUGAUAUUCCAAAGAGCUGCAAUAUAACCUUGGAGGGAAAAGAUGAACUGGAUAUAAAAUGUAUGCCUGGAUUCAGUGGUGGGGGAGAUCAGUACUUUAUUUUACAGAGAAUUCAGGGACUAACUUUCAUCAGUGUGAAGAACAACAAUCUUGAGCCAACUUUCAACGUCAGCGACUUGGUUCCGGGACAGAAUUACACAUACCGUGUCUGUGCGGCAUCUGUUACAUAUACAGGCACAGUUAGUUGUUCAUAUUCUUUAUCCAUCCAAACACCAAAUGACAAUAGUGAGAGCACGAAUGAAACAGUUGCAGCAGCAAGUCCACAAGACAACACUCUGUAUAUUGUUGGCGGAACUCUUGGAUUCCUCUUUCUUCUUUUGCUAACUGCGAUCAUCGUUUUGUGUAUAGUAAAAAGACGCCAACAGUCGACUGGUGAGCAGAAUGUCCGAGGAAGUCAUACUGAUGUUUCCAGACGGCCAAGAGAUAACAGCCAUUUCCAUUUAGCACACGAAACAGACGAGAAGCAUGAAAAUAUUUUGCCGACAAAACUUGAGGAUGAACACUCACAUAAACAUGAAGCGUCACAUCAUAGCCAUAGCCACAAAGCAGAAAACUAUAACGAGGUAGAUCACUUUGAUGGACAAGUUACUGCAUUACAUUCAUUAACCUUGAAAUCUAUGACUACAACAAACCACGAUAAACCGGUCAACAGCAAAGACCAUGGGUAUAUGAAUACCAACUACCACAGGGAUGAUGAAAUAGAUCUUGAAGAUAUAUAUGCGGUAUCGACAAAACACAAAAGUUAUGCACAGCAAGGCCAGAGUGAUAAUGCGUUCAAACAUGAACCAAUCACAUGCCUAGACGACAGCAUCCGGUCUAAAAGCAUGCUGACAUUGUCAAGUGCUAGCAGUAGGAAUGAUAUAUGUUACAGUGAGAGUGACAUAACAAAGGCAUUAGACAAAUCGGGGAACCAUGAUUUAUCUACGGUUACUAAGUCACUUCGUAGAUCGUCCUCUCUUUGUAAACUCGAUUCAGAAUCGGAAAAUAGGAAAGAAGAAAAAGACCAGAUAUCCAACAGGUUGCUUUACUAUGACAAAGAUAAACGUCUUAGCGGUACCGAUGCCUAUGUCUUUCUAUUUCCUAAUACUACUCAUCAAUCGAAAUCAGGAAUAUUGUCCGAUGAGCCGUUAGUCCGAACUCGCCGUUCAACUUACAAGGUAGAUUCGGAUGAAGAUGGAGAGGAUAAUAAUUUGUAUCGUAGACGUAGCUAUAGUAGGGCAAUAUUUGAAGACGAACGAGAUUCUAAAAAUGUUGGACAAACAGAAGAUGAAGAAUUAGCAUCACCAGGCUUGCAAGAUAAAAAUUUCAACAGCGAUACCAAAAUGAACGAAGGUUAUAAUAAUCCUAUUUAUGAUGAGAUCAAAGAAUACCAAAAUAAAUCAGAAAGGUUGACAGAAAAUGAAACCGAUCAUCAAAAUGAGUACUUUAAACCACCAUCUGGGGACAAUCGAAAGAUAUUUGUCUCAAGGGCUGAUAUAAAUAUUGAAAAAGAAAGAAACAUCAAUAACAACUACAAUUCCAAUGACGAAAAACUGUUAAAGAGUAAACAGCUAAAUGAAAUUGUUGAUAGUGACGAAAUCGCCUCUCAGGAUGUGGUGGCUUAUUUUUGAUCAUAUUGCAGCUUUUUAUAAUCACAUUUGAUCUCCUUAAAGGCAUAAUAGAAAUAUACAAAUUCAAUGACAUAUGGUAUGAAAUAUCCUCCGUUAACUUCAUAAAGAGUGCAUUUCAUUUAUAUUCAACUUUUAUCCAGCAAACCCGUCAGUAAUAAAUAAAAAUCCAAAGAUAUAUAUCGCCUAAAAGAAUAUGAGAAAGACUAAUGGAGAACCAUCUAAUUUCCAGUACACACGAAAAUCUAAUUCUGUAAUGUGUCUCGACGGGCAUUGGACAGACUUACUUUCUGACAUAAGAUUGUGUUGACAUAAUAUAUAUUUCACUUUUAUAUACAUUUCACUGUUAGCUUGCUUUCACGUUGUAAGUCCAGAUAUUAUUUAGGAUAUAAGCCAUCUACAAUCGCAAAACUUAAAUGUAUAUAAAAAAUAACUGUGUUUUAGGUCUAGAUAAUGAUAAUUGUUUAAUUGAUUAGGUAAUAGCAGAAAUCCAUUUAUAGGUAUCCUGUAGCAAGAGACUUCUGGUAGUACUAAUAGCACGCCAUUUUUUUUGCAAUCAUUUGACCUGAGGAAGAAGGUGAAAGUGUUCUUUGUAAUUUUGUGUCACAAAUUUUUAAAUCUUACGGUUGACAACAAAUGGCUUUAUGCAUGUAAAAUACAUUAUGCAAAAACAUGGUUUAUGUUUUUGAUAUGCAUGCCUAUCAAAAUGUUUUAAUGAUUUACAAUUUACAUAAACAGCACAA